GGCUGCUGCGGUGUUCCACUUCCUUACCCACAUCCUCUGUCCAGUCACUUCUCCCUUCGCACCCCCUCCCGCUUAACGACGGCGAAUGGUGCAGCAGCUGCGUCGCGAAGACUACACGGUGGGAUGGGUGUGCGCGCUGCCCGUCGAGCUGGCGGCCGCGCAGGAGAUGCUCGACGAGGAGCACGACACUCCUCGAUGCGACGCCCACGACACGAACCUCUACACCUGCGGACGCGUUGGCGAACACAACAUCGUGAUCGCCUGUCUGCCUGAAGGGCAAACGGGCACCAACUCGGCCGCAGCGGUGGCCGUGCAGAUGAAGUCGACCUUCUCGUCGACGCGGUUUGGCCUCAUGGUAGGCAUUGGCGGAGGCGUUCCGAGCGAGGAAGCAGACGUCCGGCUUGGAGAUGUGGUGGUGAGCAAACCGCACAAGGUGCACGGCGGAGUGGUGCAGUACGACUCGGGCAAGGCUACGCCGAGCGGAUUCGAGCGCACGGGAUUCCUCAACACACCGCCAACCGUCUUGUUGAACGCGGUUGCGAACCUGCGGGCUAAGCACAUGAGAGGGAGGGGCAGGCUCUUGGAGUAUUUAUCGAAGCUCGACAGUCUGCCAGACUUUAGCCGUGAGGCUGCCGGCCCAGAUACUCUUUUCAAGGUGGAAUAUGACCAUGCAGGAUCAACAACGUGUGAGAAGUGCAGCAAAGAGCAUGCGGUCGCUCGGGAGGCACGGAGACAAGAGGUAGUUGUGCACCAUGGGACCAUCGCGUCCGGCAACCAGGUGAUGAGAAGUGCUACUGAGAGAGACAGGGUCAGCGCUGAGCUUGGCGGGGUGCUGUGCUUCGAGAUGGAGGCGGCGGGGCUGAUGAACAGCUUCCCGUGUCUUGUCAUCCGCGGGGUGUGCGACUACGCGGACUCGCACAAGAACAAGCGUUGGCAGCCGUACGCGGCGGGGACCGCGGCAGCGUACGCGAAGGAGGUGCUGUCGGUCAUACCGCCAGCAGAUGUAGUGAAGUCGCGCACGGCGGAGGAAACAAUGAGAGAUGCAACCAAACCGACAUACUGCAUCCCCUUUCUGAAAAACCUCCACUUUGUCGGACGACGCGAUGAGCUUGCGGUGCUGCGGCAGCGGCUGCUCAUAGAUCAGGACUGCCAGAAGAUGUCUAUUGUUGGACUCGGCGGAACCGGCAAGACGCAGGUGGCGCUGCAAUUCGUGUACACGGUGAAGGAAACGCAGCCCGAGUGGUCUAUCUUCUGGGUACCAGCGCUGAGCAUGGAGAGCUUCGAGCAGGCAUGCGUGGGAAUUGCAGUAGCGCUCAGCAUACCACAGGCAGCUGAUGGCAAAGAAGAUGCAAAAGAGCUGGUGAAGCAGUGGCUGAGCUCAAGCCAAGCAGGUCGGUGGCUGCUGCUGGUGGACAAUGCAGAUGAUCCGGAAAUCUUGUUUGGGAGUGAGCAGUCGAAGGGCAUCGUUGACUACCUGCCAGAUAGCGAGAGUGGCGUAGUGGUGUACACCACGCGCAUACUGGAGGUAGCAGUGUCGCUGACGCGGAGCGACGUGCUGGAGCUGGGGGCGAUGGACCGACAAGAUGCAGCUGUCUUCUUCUCUAAGUCAUUAAUCAGGAAGGACCUCCUCCGCGAUGAUGCGAUGACACACAAGCUGCUCGACGAGCUGACGUGCCUGCCGCUGGCGAUCGCGCAGGCAGCCGCAUACCUGAACAUGAACCGAACGACUAUUAUCAAGUAUAUGCGGCUGCUUCGCAACACGGAGCAGGACCUUGUCGGGCUCAUGAGCGAAGAGUUCCGCGACGACACACGGUACAAGGGCUCGGCGAACGCGGUGGCGACAACGUGGGUGGUGUCGUUCAGGCAGAUCCGCGAGCGCGAUACGGUGGCGGCUAACCUGUUGGCGUUCAUGUCGUGCGUAGAGUGGAAGGCCAUACCGCGGUCGCUGCUGCCGAGCACGCAGUCCGAAGGGCGGAUGGAGAAGGCGAUCGGCAUGCUGUGCGGGUACUCUUUUCUGAUGAGACGAGGCGACGACAAGGCCGAGGAGUGGUACGACAUCCACCGACUUGUACACCUGGCGACUCGGCUCUGGGUCAGGGAGCAGAGCGAUCCGGCAGGAGUGAUGGAGGAAGCCGUACGGCAUGUCGCAAAAGUCUUCCCAUCUGAUGAUUACGCAAACCGGCAAGUGUGGAGAGCAUAUCUGCCGCACGCGCUGCGACUGCUGAAGGCCGAACAGGGCUGCGAUGUGAAAGAGAAGCCGGGGCUGUGUUUGUGGGUGGGUCGAUGUCUGGAAGUUGAUGGGAGGAUCCAAGAAUCAGUGAUGUGGCUGGAGGAGUCUUAUAGACUCAGGAGCAUGCUGGAGGAGGAUGACCCGGAUCUACUGUUUACCCAGCACGAGCUCGCAAUAGCAUACCGAGCAGACGGACAGGUGCAGAAGGCGAUAGAGCUGCUGGAGCGCGUGGUUGAAGUAGAAGAGAAGACACUACUACCAGAGCACCCAGAUCGCCUGGCAUCGCAGCACGCGCUCGCAAUGGCAUACCGAGCAGACGGGCAGGUGCAGAAGGCGGUAGAGCUGCUGGAGGCUGUGGUCGAAGUGGAAGAGAAGACACUGGUGCCAGAGCACCCCUCACGACUGGCGUCGCAGCACGUGCUAGCAGGAGCAUACCGAGAAGACGGACAGGUGCAGAAGGCGGUAGCGCUGCUGGAGGCUGUGGUCAACGUGCAAGAGAAGACGCUGCUUCCAGAGCACCCGUCACGACUGGCGUCGCAGCACUCGCUCGCAAUGGCAUACCACGCAGACGGACAGGUGCAGAAGGCGGUAGAGCUGCUGGAGGCCGUGGUUGAAGUGAGAGAGAGGACGCUGCUGCCAGGGCACCCAGAUCGACUGGCGUCGCAGCACGCGCUCGCAAUGGCAUAC